AUGACACGUUCCUAUCUAUUAGACGGCUACGGGUUACAUCAACGGCAGGAUAAUUCGAAAGUUCAAAUCAAGAUCACAAUGACACAUCAAAGCGCUGACCCAUUCUUUAGAGUGCCUUUUAUCGGUGGAGUUGAUACCAUUGAAGACAGUUCAUUGAAUCCAUAUCUAAAAGCAUCAGAUGUAGAAGAGGAAGAGGAAGAAGACGUAGCCGGCUCGUUUGUAAAAUUGCGAGCACAACCAAAUGCUGACGCUCCCGUUUGUAUUAUGUGA